AUGGGCUACCUGAAAGAUGACGCUCAAAGUCUGCUCAAGAAUUUGGAGUCUAACGCACAGACCCCCUCGGAAACCGCCUCCCCACCCAGGAGGAGGAAGAGAGAAGCGCAGACCUCAAAGGAUGAGGAGCCUCUGGACGAAUGUGGGCCGUCUUUCAACAGCAAUAUCACAGCAUUUGCACUGAAGGCAAAAGUCGUCUAUCCCAUCAAUCAGAAGUUCCGGCCUCUGGCCGACGGUUCCUCCAACCCGUCUCUGCACGAAAACUUGAAGCAGGCUGUUCUGCCGAACCAGCCGGUGGAGGCUUCGCCUUCCAGUAGCCUGGGGAGCCUGAGCCAGGCCGAGAAGGACGACUGCAGCUCCUCGUCCAGCAUCCACUCGGCCACCAGCGAUGACAGGUUCCUCAGCCGCACCUUCCUCCGGGCAAACAGCUUCCCCGAGGCGCUGACCUGUGAGAGUGUGGACCUUGACUUGUGUAUCUACAGCCUCCACCUGAGAGAUCUGCUGCGUGUGGACGCGUUGCUGAGGCAGGAGGAGCACGUGAUGUUUAUUCAGAUUUUAAAAAUGUGCCUCCUUGACCUUCUUCCUAAAAAGAAGUCUGAUGAUGAAUUAUACCAGAAGAUUCUUUCAAAACAAGAAAAUGACUUGGAGGAAUUAGAAAAGGGACUUCAGGUCAAACUGUCAAACACGGAAAUGCUGGGCACUGGUGAUUCUGAAUACAUCACCCUGGCAGAUGUGGAGAAGAAGGAGAGAGAAUACUCUGAGCAGCUAAUAGAUAAUAUGGAAGCUUUCUGGAAACAGAUGGAAAACAUCCAGCACUUUCUUGUGGACCAAUUUAAGUGUUCCAGCGCCAAAGCCCGACAGCUCGUGAUGACUCUGACGGAAAGAAUGAUUGCUGCCGAGGGGCGCCUGCGUGAUUCUCAGGAUUUGCAGGCUCUGGACGCCCUGGAGAGAACAAUGGGCCGGGCGCACAUGGCAAAGAUGAUCGAGUCCCUGAAGCUGCAAAUCCAGGAGGAGACCAAAUGCCGACUGGCGGCCAUCUCCCGCGGCCUGGAGCUGCCGGCCGCCGAGGGGAGGCUGUCGGGGCGGCAGAAGGAGGAGCUGCUGACGCAGCAGCACAAGGCCUUCUGGGGGGAGGCCGAGCGCUUCAGCAGGGAGUUUGUCCAGCGAGGCAAAGACUUGGUCAAGGCGUCACUGGGUCACCAGGCAGAGGGGAUGGCAAAGCUCACGCGGGCCCAAGAAGAGGAACGGAGGAGCUUCCUGGCCGAGGCACAGCCGACCGCCGACCCAGAGGAGUUCCUCCAGGCUUUCCACAUGGUCCUGGAGAGGCAGAGGCUGACGCGGAGUGGCCUGGAGGAAGAGGAGGACGUCAGAGCCACCGAGGCCGUGGCCGCGCUCUGCCAGGAGCUGUACCGCAGCACCAUGGAAACGUUCCAGAAGUUUGUGGACGUCCUGUUCCUUCAGACGCUCCCAGGCGUGACCGGCCUCUCCCGGGCAGAGUGUGACUACUUGAGGCAGGAGGUCCAGGAGAAUGCUGCCCGGCAGCUGGGCAAGUCGGAUCGCUUCCGGAAACAGCAGUGGAAACUCUUCCAGGAUCUCCUGGAGCAGGAGAAGCAGGUGUGGAUGGAGGAGCUCACUCUGUCCACUGUGCUGCAGACACACCUGCGGAACGACCACGAGAACAUCCUCCACCAGGUCUUGGGCCGACUUGGAGGCCUCAGUGAAGAGUCCGUGCGGUGCAUCCUGCAGGGGCACGGCCUGCUCCUGCGCUCAGCCCUCCGGAGGCUGGCUCUCCGCGGCAGCGCCAUCACCACCCUGACCCAGAUGAGGCUGUCCGGGAAGAGGAGCCUUCUCCAGGAGGUGCGUGAGCAGCACGCCCUGGAGCAGGGCUCCUCGCAGUGUCUGGACGAGCAUCAGUGGCAGCUGCUCAGAGCCUUGGAGGCGCGUGUCCUGGAGGAGGCCGGCAGGCUGGAGGAGGAGGCGCAGCAGACGCGCCUGCAGCUCCAGCAGCAGCUCCUGGCCGAGGCCCAGGAGGUCGGGCAGCUCCUGCAGCAGCACACGGAGCGAGCCAUCGGGCAGGCGCUGCUGGCGCACGCACGGAACGCGGCCACCAAGAGCCGGGCCAGGGACAGGGAUGACUUCAAGAGGACGCUGCUGGAGGCGGCUGUGGAGAGCGUCUAUGUGACCGGUGCGGGCGUCGGCCGGCUCGUGCAGGCGUAUUACCAGCAGAUCGGAAGGGUCGUGCGGGACCACGAGGAGAGAAGACUGCAGCAUCUGAAGACCCUACAGGGUGAGAGAAUGGAAAACUACAGGCUGCGGAAAAAGCAAGAACUCAGAGACCCUUCAUCGGAGGGCGAGCUGGCGGGUGGAGCCCGUGAAACCUGCCAAGCUGUGCACCAGAGGAUGUUGGCGCAGCAGAAAAAGUUCCUGGCCCAGUUCACCGUGCACCAGCAGAUCCGCCUGGACGCUCGGAAGCAGAAGGCGAGAGUUGUGGACCAUCUGGAAGCCCAGCUGGAGACCCAGCUCCAGGAAGCCCAGCAGAGCUUCAUCUCCGAGCUGGCGGCAUUGGCCCGGGUGCCCCUGGCUGAAAGCAAACUGUUCUCGAAUAAGCGCGGACCGUCAGAGAAGCCCGUAAGGACCAAAAGGAAGAAGCCCCCGCCCCGGGAGAGAGGGGACCCCGGGGGGCCCAAUGACGACGACCCUGCCUCCGGAGGCCACCCCUCGGGAUCACUGAGCAAAAGGCUGAGCCAGCAAGAAAGCGAAGUUGCUGACGGCGAGAACUCCAAGAAGAUGCUCAAGAAAAGAAGCAAUCUGUAG